CUUAGCUAGAGUGGCCACUUCCGGGUUUCCGGUGGUUGCUCCCUGCCCCAGGGGAUGGGCCGUCAUCCUUAAGUCGCUGACAAGGAAAGUGGGAAGGAGGACAGAGGCGAGGACAGCAGCAGGAGACGGUGAUCCCUCCACUACAAGGGCCUGUCCAGACAGGGCAGCAAACUGGGACUUCAGGCUUUUGUGGGCGCGCCCCACUCCUGUGACCUGGGUCAGUCCUUUUCCUCCUCCGGGACUCAGCAGAGAAGCAAAUUCUGACUUUUGCUUCGCACCGGGGUUUGGGCGCUCGCAGUCAACAAUGCACCUGUUUUUCUGCCACUCCUGGUUGUGCAAUGCCAAGUCUAAAAGCUGCUGAACAGCGAAAGCGGAAACACCUCCGGGCGCUCCCGACCGACGCUAGACCCACCCACCGGUGGAGGCUCCCGGACGUGAGGCAGCCGCGCCCUGGGCCUCAGCGCAGCGCAGCUCAGGGGGCGCCACAUCCAGCGCGCUCCGCCGCCUCGGGGCCGGACGAGGCCAGGCAGCCAUGGCGGGGCCCGAGGCCGCGACCGACGACCUGGACGCCCUCAUCGACGACAUGGACUACCUGCCAGGCCACUUCCACCUGGAAAUGCAGCUGAACUUCGAGCCGCGCUCGCCGGCCCCGCUGCGCGCCCGGGACCUGCGGCUGCAGCGCGAGGGCGCGCGGCGGGAGCUGGAGCUGGCGGCCGGCCCGCAGCGGCCCGCGGUGCAGCACCUCCUGGGCGUCUUCGCCUUCUACCUCGAGGAGCUGGACGAGGCCCGCGAGCGCUUCCUCGAAGUGGCCCGCGAGGACCCGGGCAACCUCAACGCCUGGGCCAACCUGGCACACGUGUACGGGCGGCUGGGACAAGAGGAAGAGGAGGAGGCGUGCGCCGCACGGCUAGCGAGCCUCAUGGGCCUGGGCGCGGACCCCGAGGCCGGCGGGGCCGCCCCGCUCCGCGCCGCGCGCUGCCUGGCUGAGCAGGGCUACGCGCACGGCUUCGACGUGGGCUGCGCCAGCCUGCAGGAGCGCGCGCGCGUGCUGGUGGCCGGCCUCGCACGCUAUGACAAGGCGCUGAGCUACGGGCAGCAGAUCCCCAUGGAGGAGAAAAGGGGCUGGUACUUCACCAUGGCAACACUCUUCAUCAGGCUGGAUGGCAUCUUCCUGGAGCUGGGCAGUGAGGAGCAGAAGAGGCUGCCCGCCUUCAACCGCACACUGGCUCUGCUCCGGCAAGUCCUCAAGGCCUCCGAUGCCUGCCAGCGAGCCCUGGCCUGGUGCUAUGUCGGGAUGCUGCUGGAGAGGAAGGACACCUUCUCCACCACCCCCAUGGGAGUCCACGACUGCGGGUACUCGGGGACCGACCCCUUGGACUGCUUUGGCAAGGCCAUUGAGAUUGCCAAGGACCAACCUCCCAUCCUCAACCGCCUGGCCAAAAUCUUCCACUUCCUAGGAAAGCAAGACAUGGCCAUUGGAACCUGUAACAUGGCCCUGGAUGUCCUAGGAGACCCAGAGCUCAACUGGCAGGCGUACUGUACCAGGGCCAAGAUCCACACCACAGCCUACCUGCACGACCUGGAGCGGGCCAAGGCAGGCCUUGGAGGCAUGCCCGACCGGAGCCACCUGGCCCAAGCCAAGGCUGAUCUCGAGCAAGUGGUCAGGGUGUGCCCGGGCCUCAGGACCUACCUGGACAUUGGCCAGGUCUACUACUACAUGGGCGUGGACGCCGUGCAGGAGCUGCUGGCGGUGGACGAGGCGGCGCUCAACCAGGCGCUGGUCUUCCUGGCCAAGGCCGGAGAGUCGGAGCUGGGCGCCGCGCUGCCCGAGCUGCAGCUGCUGCGCGGCAAAUGCCUGCGCAUCAAGGGCGAGGACGCCAACGCGGCGGCCUGCUUCAAGCGCGCCGUGGAGCUGGACGACGCGGGCUCCAACCGCCCCGAGGGCUUCGGCUGCCUGCUCGAGGCACUGCUGGCGCAGUGGAGCCAGGCACAGCUGAGCGACGGCGAGCUGGGCCGCGAGGUGGAUGCCUGGCUGCGCCGCGCCCAGGGCAAAUACCCCGCGGCCAGCCUGCGCCAGGAGCUGCAGCGCGUGUGGCGCGGCCACAUGGACGAGGUGCUGGGGCUGGCCCGCGCCUUGGUGGCCCAAGGACGGCUGGCGCUGGUCCGGCUGCUUUUCGAGACCAUGGAGCGCCAGGGCUACGGUGCUGGGAAACUGCGAGGCCACAGGGCGUUCUCCGUCUGAGCCCGGGGCCCACUGAGGCCCCGCCCCGCCCCCAGGUGAUUGGGCCCGCCCUGCCAUUGGCUUGUAGGCGGAGCCAAUCAGAGUCUUUUUCAGGAAUUGUGAAUGGGGACCAUGAAACUCUGGCAGUUCCAAAUGCCCGCAGUGGCAGAAGGACCUGAUUCCAGAUGGCAAAGGACUCUGGGAGCCGGCACGAGGCCACUAGAAAACUGCCAGCUGAGGGACAGAAUUAAGAUGACUGCGAGUCUGCUGAGAUAAACAGAAUAGCGCUGCCUCAGUUGUGGCGGUUUUCUAGUCCUUGUGCCCAAGUGUCUGUCACUGGAUUCUCAGGAGCCACACUCUGUUGCGCCUUGGCUAGGACAGAGGGCCCGGUCGCCCAGUGAGCGGGCUGGGGGUGGGCCCUUACUCAUACCUGGGUGCUCAGGCCUCUCCCACCUGACCACGCAUUUUCCAGCAGGCCUCAUUCCUGUCAACUUGCUCUGAAAAGCCUCCCAAACCCCUUGAAAUAAAGCUGGUGAAGUUCGUCCUUA